AUGUUUUUUGUUAUUAUUGAUAAUAGAAAUACAGAUACUAUUAGAGCAAUAAUCAAAAAUAUAUUAAACCUAGAUCAAAAAUAUAUUUUGAUAGGAUAUUCAAAACUUGAAGAAUUAGGAAUGAAACAUAUUCGUAUUAAUCAUUCAAAAAGAAAUGUUGAAUAUUUAAAAAGAAAAAUUCAUUCAAAUACAAUCAAAGGAACUUGGGCUGCUUUAAAGAAGUUUAUACCAAAAUACAAUAGACGUAAAGAUAAAAUUAAACCUUAUUUGAAAGAAUUUAUAUG